AAGUCCGCUCCUCCCAGGCACAAGCAAAGCAAAAGCAGCCGCUCGCGGAGCUUCCCGGCGACCCUCCCGACAGUGUGCUCUCUGCUAGUGGCUCCAGCUCCUUCGCCCUCUCCUUCACUCCAUGUGCUCAUUAAUCUGAAAUUGGUUGGGGAUUUGAGCUGGGAUGGAUCCUGCUUGUGUUUCAGAAGGGGAUAAUUCAAAGAACCUGCAUAAAAUAGAUGUUACCGUCAACUCUUAUUUCGCCGUUCUUGAUGGUAAAAAGGUGUACAAUCGGGGCAGAACAAUAAAUUUGGUUGUGAAUCCAGAACACUAUACACUUAUUGAUUUAGAGAAAGAUGUGGAUUCAUAUUUCAAGUGGGGUAGCUGCCAAAAGCCAAUUUUCUGGGUUGUUGAAAAGGGUGACAAAUGGCAAUGUAAGUUGACUUCAGAUGCUCAGCUUAGUGACCUGGUAAGUUCAUUCGAUCUGGUGAAGUUAUUUAUGACAAUGGGAAGAUGUAAGGAGGGAGAGGAGACGCUGCAUGUUGUGACCGAUGUGGUGGGCAAGGAGAUGGCUACCGCAGCCAAUGUGGACAAGGUGAAAGAAAUGCUUGCUGUAGUAGCAGAUGUGGUGAGCAAAGAUAUGCUUGCUGCAGCAUAUCCGGUGGGCAAGGAGAUGGAUGUAGACAAUAUUGUCUAUGAAGAGAUGCAUGUAGAUGAGGUGAUUGGCACAACAGACAAUGGAGAGGAGGGUAUGCAUGAAGACAUGGACAAGCAACCAGAAUGGAGAGAAGUGCCUGAAUAUGGUCAAACAACUGCAGGGGCACCAGUGGCUCAAGAAGAGGAAAAAGAACACUUUAUGACAGCUGGGUGUGAUCCUGAUGGAGAUGAGCCGAUAGGAGCAAAUGAAGAAUGGAGAUACUUCAAAUUUGUUGAUGGUAAAAAUGUUCAACCAGUGAAUCCAGUGGAUGUUCAGACAAGAAGGAGGGCAAGGGCUAUUCCAGAAUUUGAUUUAGAAAGUGUCCCUGAUGAUGAGGCUGGUUUGGUAGAUGAUUAUGUUGUGCCCCAUACAACAUAUGACCAUGAGAAUCCAGUAAUCAAAGAGGGAGACACAUUUGAAGACAAGGCUGAAUUUCUUAAAACAAUUAGGACAUAUGCCAUAAAAAAUGAAUUUGAGACAAAGAUUGUACACAGUGAUAGAGAGAGGUACAGAGCAAGGUGCAAAGAUGUUAGUUGCGAGUGGAAAAUAUUUGCAAAGAAGCUACAUGGUGGCAACACAUUUAUGGUUUUACUUCUACCUUAUUUUCAAAUAUUAAGGCCUUGUUUGGGUGUUUUGUACUUGAUAUUUACUUCUCUUUUUUUGUUACAUUUUUUCAGGUGGUCAAACUUUCAGAUUUGGACAUGCACACUUGUUGUAGUUCAGUUACAGUAAAGGGGCGAGAGGCCACUAUAAAUUGGUUGGCACGUAGGUCUAAGGACAUUGUGAAAGAGGAUCAUUCUCUUAGCGCAAGAAAGUUACAAAAAAGAUUGGAGAAACAGUACAACCUUGAAUUGUCAUAUUGGAAAGUGUGGUCUGCGAAGAAGUCAACCAUGAAUGAUCUUCAUGGUACUUGGGAGGGGAGCUUCUCAAUGUUGUGGAGAUUCAAAUCAGCACUGGAAGAGUCUUGCCCGGGAAGCAUCAUUGAGAUUGAUUGCCAGAAGGUUAAUGGGAGAAUGCACUUCUCAAGGAUGUUUGUGUGCAUUAGAGCAUGUGUUGAUGGAUUUUUGGCUGGGUGCAGACCAUAUCUUGGUGUUGAUUCUACUCACCUCACUAGAAAGUACAAAGGGCAGCUUGCUGCAGCCACUGCAAUUGAUGGACACAAUUGGAUGUAUCCAGUUGCGUAUGCCAUUUUCUUCAAAGAAACAAAUGACAAUUGGGCAUGGUUCAUGGCCAAUCUGAAAAAAGCUAUCGGGACUCCACCUGGGUUGACAAUUCAUAGUGAUGCUUGUAAGGGAUUAGCAUAUGGUGUCAAAAAAAUAUUCAAGGCAGAUGCUGAGCAUCGUGAGUGUUUUAGGCACCUUAUGACUAAUUUCAGGAAGAAGUACAAAGGGGAUGUGCUGAAGUUUAUGUGGCCUUGUGCAUGGGCAUGUACAACUCGUAGGCAUGAUUACCUUGUGGAAAAUAUUACAGCUGCUGCUCCUAAAGCAAUCCCUUGGUUAAACAAGCAUCACAAAUUGAUUUGGAGCAGGUCAAAAUUCUCUAAAAAGUGCAAAGUUGAUUAUGUCAAUAACAACAUCUCUGAAUGCUUUAACAAUUGGAUUAAGGAUUACAAAGACCUUCCAGUUAUUGAUCUGAUGGAUAAAAUUAGAGAGAAGAUCAUGGAAAAGAUUGCCACAAGGCAAGAUAUUGCCAAUAGACUUGAAGGCCAUAUCCUUCCAAGUGUGCUACAUGAGCUGAACAUGAAAAGUAGAGGGCUUAAUUAUGAUUUUAGCAAAAGUGGGUUACUAGCAGCCGAGAUUUCUGGAACAACAAAUGAAGGGAAGACAUGGAGGUAUGGUGUUGACCUUAACAAAAGAACUUGUGGCUCUGGACAAUGGGAGGUGUCUGGAAAACCAUGCACUCAUGCUAUCUUUUCACUUGGAAAAUUUAGACAAAAAGAGUUAAAAAUCGAGGAUUUUGUGGAUGAUUACUACUCAGUAGAGAGGUUUAAACUUGCUUAUCAAUUUGAGGUCAUUCCAAUGGGUGACAAAUCUCAAUGGCCAAAGAAUGACCCUGGUUUUGAAAUGGUCCCUCCACCAUUAGAAAGGCCUGCUGGGAGACCAAGGAAGCAGAGAAUUAAGGCUAGUGGAGAGCCAGGAAAAAGAGGUCCAUAUCAAUGUAAAAGGUGCUUCAAGUUUGGACAUAUAGAGAAGGGAUGCAAUGCAACUCAAGCUGAACUAGAGCAGGAGCUUCCACCACCUCGUCCAAAAAAACAAAAAAAGCAAAGCAAAACCAAAUCCGAAGCUUAUGAAAACUCCACAAAAGGUGCUGAGCCAUCAAACAUUGAUGUUGAUCCAAAACUAACUUCAAGCCCAGGUGUUACGACAAGAAGGAUGGCGUCCCUCUCUCCGGCAAGAGCAAGUCCAUGUGUUACCACAAGGAGGAUGGCGUCCCUGUCUCCAACCAGUCCGGGUGUGACAACAAGAAGGAUGGCAUUUAUCUCACCUGGAGGAAUCAACCGCAGGCUUAUCAUUGAUUAGUUGUAUUAGUGCAAUGUUAGCAUGUACUGUAACUUAGUUUAUGGCAUGCUCUAUGGCUAGCUUUUGGGCAUUUGUCUAGUUACCAUGUGAACUAGGGUCUCUGUGAACUAUGAACAACUUGUAGUCUUAUGCCAAGUCGUUAUGCACGAACAAAAUUAGUAUUAUAUCAUAUUUUAAUGUGUUUAUGGCCUCUUUUGAUCU